GUUCAUGUUAUUUUCGUGAAUCGAUUCGUGUUAAUCCCAGACGCCAUAGGAUGCAUGGACAGCAGCUUCCCAGAAUAGGCAGGCGGUGCAGCACUGUGCGUGCCGACCUGGGAGGGCACGUGUCCGCCGUCGGUCCACCCACAUUCAUGUACGCCUGAGCUCCCAGCUUCAAAUCAUUCAGCAAACACAUACAUACGGCCACCAUAGAACAUAAACCAGGCCUAUAAAUUCGUACCGGCCGGCCAUAGCAGUCACGACGAACCAGCAAGACAGCUGCUAGAUCAUCACAAGAAAGAAACCUGUAGCACCGAGCUAGGUGCGCGGAUGCAGGGCGGGGAGAGCGCGCUGGGCGCGGCCAAGGAGGCGGGGGCGAACCUGGGCGCGUCGGCGUGGGCGGGCAAGGAGAAGACCAUGGCCGUGGUGCAGGAGACGGUGGACAAGGCCAAGGCGCACGACGACCCGGCGGCGCAGGCGGAGGCCGAGGCCAGGAAGGAGGAGCGGGUCCUCGAGGUGGAGGCCGCCAAGCAGGACGCCUACCGCCACAACGCCGCCGUCGCCAAGGACGGCCGCGCCGCCGCCGUCGCCGCCGACCAGAAGGAGGCCGUCGCCGCCGACGAGGAGGCGGCCGUCUCCGCCUGACAACCAUGUCCGAAACCGAAUCCUCAUGUCGGAGAUGAGAUUGCUUUUAUUCGAUCGAGUGUAUAUAUUGUAUUUGUAUUGUUUUGAGUGCUUGCGUACAUGUUGUGAGAAGAGCUAUUAUUAUUGGAGUUGGAGAUAAGAUAAGAUUGCUUUGAACGUGCAAUACGAUGUGAUUUCUUCA